GAUAGAAACAGUUCAAGGUUUUAAUAUUUUUACAAGCGAUGUGAAAUAUUUUUAUUUACUAUUUAAUGUCACAUCAUCCUCGUUCACCCACAGAGGAAACCACUGGAGCUCUUAGCAUCACUUUGAGCACAGAGUAAUGAUCUCUUGUUUUAAUGUUACAACAAAUUCACAACUUGUUUGACACAAACAAUGACAACUUGACUGCUGUUAGAUAAUCAGAUAAUCACUCUUGCCUGUCUCCAAAACUUGAGAGCCCUGCUAUAUAUAUCAUAAAUCAGUUUAUCAUGAACACGAGUUCAGUCUCUGGAGAGUCAUGAUGGAGAAACUGAACUUUUCAACUCCGAGUCAAUUGAAUCAAACACUUUGAGAAAUGAUUCAGUGAAUCACGACACGUGCUGCUCAAACAGUGAACAUGAACGACAACAACAAACACUAGCAAACUAACUAAUCAUGUUUUCAUCAGUCAUAAAUGCCUGAAUAUUAAGUUUAUUAAUUUGCAGCGUUAGUUUUGAGUGUUUUUUUCUCUAACUGGGUCAUUAGACCAAUAACUCUGUUAUUCUUUUAUUAAAGAUGGAGUUCAUUAAAGAGGAGGAGGAGAGUGAAGAUAUAAAGAUGUUGUUUAUUAAAGAGGAGACUGAAGACAUGAAGAUGGAGUCUAUUAAAGAGGAAAGUGAAGAUAUGAAAAUAAUUAUUAAAGAUGAGACUGAAGACGUGAAGAUUGAAGAAACAUUCAGAGUGAAACAUGAAGAAACUGAGGAACAAACAGACCUGAUGGAACUGAAAGAGAUGAGUCAUGAACUUAAUGAAAGGCAAGAAGAGGAAGAACAUUAUUGUAAACAUAAUUUCAUGACUGGGGAAAGAGCGACACAGGCUUCCUCACAAAAAAGAGCUCAAAAGACAAGAACUAAAAGUUAUUUCACCUGCCAACAGUGUGGAAAGAGUUUCACAUGUGAAAAAACCCUUACAGUCCACAUGAGAAUUCACACUGGAGAAAAGCUUUACAUCUGUCAAGAGUGUGGAAAAAGUUUCAAUAGAAAAGGAAGACUUGAAAACCACAUGAGAAUUCAUACUGGAGAGAAACCUUUCACCUGCCAACAAUGUGGAAAGAGUUUCAGUCAAAAGGGAAGCCUUACAGUCCACAUGAGAGUUCACACUGGAGAGAAACCUUUUACCUGUCAACAGUGUGGAAAGAGUUUCACACGUGAAGAAAGCCUUAAAGUCCACAUGAGAAGUCACACUGGAGAAAAGCCAUAUAUCUGCCAACAAUGUGGAAAGAGUUUCAGUGACAAAGGAAACCUUACAGUCCACACGACUAUUCACACUGGAGAAAAGCCUUACACCUGUCAAGAGUGUGGAAAGAGUUUCAAUAGAAAAGGAAGAUUUGAAAUCCACAUGAGAAUUCACACUGAGGAGAAACCUUUAACCUGCCAACAAUGUGGAAAGAGUUUCACACGUGAAGAAAGCCUUAAAGUCCACAUGAGAAUUCACACUGGAGAAAAGCCAUAUAUCUGCCAACAAUGUGGAGAAAGUUUCAGUCAUAAAAGAAGCCUUAAAGUCCACAUGCGAAUUCACACUGGAGAGAAGCCUUACACCUGCCAACAAUGUGGAAAAAGUUACACAUGUAAAGAAAGCCUUAAAGUCCACAUGAGAAUUCACACUGGAGAAAAGCCAUAUAUCUGCCAACAGUGUGGAAAGAGUUUCAUUCAUAAAAGAAGAAACCUUAUAACCCACAUGAGAAUUCACACUGUAGAGACCCCAUUCGCCUGCGUACAGUGUGGACAGAGUUUCAGUGAAAAAGGAAAACUUGAAAUCCACUUGAGAAUUCACAAAGGAGAAAAGUCUUACACCUGCAAAGAGUGUGGAAAGAGUUUCACACAAAAAGGAAGCCUUAAAGUCCACAUGAUAAUUCACACUGGAGAAAAGCCUCAUACCUGUCAAGAGUGUGGAAAGAGUUUCCGUUAUAAAGGAAACCUUAAAGUCCACAUGAUAACUCACACUGGAGAGAGUCCAUUCACCUGCCAACAGUGUGGAAAGAGUUUCAGUGAAAAAGGAAAACUUGAAAUCCACACGAGAUCUCACACUGGAGAAAAGCCUUACGCCUGCCAACAAUGUGGAAAGCGUUUCAGUGAGAAAGGUAACCUUACAGCACACAUGAGAAUUCACACUGGAGAAAAGCGUCAUACAUGUCAAGAGUGUGGAAAGGGUUUCAGACAAAAAGAAAAACUUGAAAUCCAUAUGAGAAUUCACACUGGAGAAAGCCCAUUCGCCUGCCAACAGUGUGGAAAGAGUUUCAAUGUAAAAGGAAGCCUUGACAUCCACAUGAGAGUUCACACUGGAGAAAAGCCUUACACCUGCCAACAAUGUGGACAGAGUUUCAGUCAAAAAGGGCACCUUAAAGACCACAUGAGAACUCACACUGGAGAAAAGCCUUACACCUGCACUCUGUGCGGGAAUGGCUUUACACGGGAACAAAUCCUUAGGGAACACAUGAAUAUUCACACUGGAGAGAAGCCUUUUACAUGUGAUCAGUGUGGAAAGAGUUUCGCAUAUAAAUUGUCACUUUAUUUUCACAUGAGAAUUCACACUGGAGAGAAGCCAUUCAUGUGUGAUCAGUGUGGAAAGAGUUUCAGAUUCAUCAGUAACCUUAGGGAUCACAUGAGGAUUCACUCGAAAGAGAGCUGUUUUAGAAGUCGUCACUCUGGAAAGAGCAGAGGUGUAAAGAGUACCUGAAAACCAUACUUGAAUAAAAGUACAGAUACCUUA